AUGGUCGCGCCCAGAAAUACCACCGCGUUUGCGGAGGAGAGCGCGGAAGUCGAGGUGUUGUACGCCAACCUGGAAACCCUCAAGCUCCUUACGAAGAAGAUUCAAGGAUCUCUUGUACGCCUUGAGUCCAGCGGGAAGGUCGUCAAAAAUGCUAUCGGCCCGAUUUAUAGCAACACGCAAUCCCUCCAGAUCACCAACAGCAACAUUGAUAAGGUCAACGAGGCAAUCGAUCGGCUUCGACAACCCCUAGACAUCAAGGGUCGCGAAGAAGGAAUUAUACGUUCUGGACCACAGAGUGCCGGGUUGACGCAGUAUCUGUCGGCGAUGAAGCGGGUCGACAAAGCGCUUAGGGAUUUGACAGCUACGAAUAUACGAUCGAACCAGAACGCAAUAUCCGAAUUCAGCUCCUUGUUGAAUACAGGGAAUGGGAAACUUCAGGAUAUGUUUCGACAGAUGUUAGACGAACACGUGAAUCCGGUCGAACCUCUGCACUAUCUUACAAAGGAUCUUCCUUUUCCGACAAUCCCCGAGGAUGUUGUGUCUGAGUUGAGCUCUAUUUGCUCAGCAAUCGGCUCAUCGGUCACUGACGAAAAUGGCCAAGGCGACAAUCCAGCGCUCAAAAUCUACUCUGAAAUUCGAGGACCAUACAUCACAUCUGGGCUUCAGAACCUCGCCAUAGCAUCGAUGAACACUGUCAAACGAAAACCUGGCGACGGGCCCUAUAAGCAAGGUACCAACGGUAUCGGGAUCUACUCGAACGCUCUAGAAGGGUUUAUCUCUGCUGAGCAUAGCAUUAUUGUCAAGGUGUUCAAGGGAGAUCAGCAAGGAUUAACCCUGCAGGCUACAUGUCGCGCCGCUUUGGCAGAGUACUCGAAAACACUACGCGAACUCAACCAGUACAUUAAAGCCAACCUCAUGACCGACUGCUUUCUGGCCUUCGAGAUCAUUGAGAUCGUCACAUCUAUGUCCUAUCGGAUAGACUCGAAGACUGGCGAGCUGAAGAGUUUGUUCAUAGAAGCCCUUCGACCAGUUCGGGAAACAGCCAAGUCUUCUUUGGCCGAGCUUCUCGAGGAGACCAAGCGCAAAGCGGCCGGUAUCACAGUUCUACCCCCCGACGGCGGCAGCGUGCCUCUAGUCAGCGAGGUGAUGAGCUCCAUUUCGACUCUAACAGGCUAUUCUGGUCCAUUAGCCUCUAUCUUGACAUCUGUCGGAGAUGGGAAUUGGCGGUCCACAUCCAACGCAGCCGGCUCGGCUCCUCUGGACGUUAGCCCGGACAGUUCAACAAUUCUCUCACAUUUCAUCCUUGACAUGAUUGAGGCUCUAAUGUCUGCGCUGGAAAGUCGGGGCCGGGCAUUCCAUCGCACCAAAGCAGCGUUUGGUGCGUUUCUGUCCAACAUUUUUUUCAUUGUCGACCGGUCCAUCCGUUCAAACCCCGAGCUGGCGCGCUAUCUAGGGACGGGAGACAGCAUUUCCCGAAUCGACGCUUUCCGCAAACGGGCUACUUCAACCUACUUAGAAGCUUGGCGAGAAACAUCCCAGUAUCUCCUAGAUGUGCAGUAUACCUCGCGUGUUGGCGGAUCCGCUCGACCUUCAUCCGGCGGCGCUGUUGACUCGACUUCCAUCGUCAAGUCCCUCUCGUCACGGGACAAAGACGCCAUCAAGGACAAAUUCAAGUCAUUCAAUACCAACUUUGACAGUCUCGUCACUCAACACAAGGCACUCUAUAUGGAGCGCGAGGUCCGUGGUGCUUUGGCUCGCGAGGUGCAGGCCAUCAUCGAGCCUCUGUACGCCCGUUUCUGGGAUCGGUACCACGAAAUCGACAAAGGACGAGGCAAGUACGUCAAGUACGACAAGGGCGCCCUGUCCGCGCAGUUGGCAGCCUUAGCAUGA